CGCCAAACAAAUCCACGUUUCUGGUACAUUUCGACCCGAAACAUUUGGAAACAGAACAACUUUUGUGGCAUUUUAUGCUUAAUUACAUGUUGCAAAGUGAAGAUUUCAAAACCACAGCGUUCGUAUCUAAAUAGAUACAAUCCUUUUUUUCCCAUAUGAUCAUUGAUUGUUUCACUUCAAAAGAAUUUUGAUGGCCGGGAAGAAGAAAGAAGUUAGUUUACAGGUGUCGAUCAAUAAUGACGAGCAAUGGGGAGAAAUGCUGACAACGAAUGGGUUAACAGUGGUGGAUGUAUAUCAGCAGUGGUGUGGGCCCUGUCGUGCUGUCAUCAGCCUGUUCAGAAAAAUAAAAAAUGAGCUAGGAGACGACCUCUUACACUUCGCUAUAGCAGAGGCUGACAGUAUUGAAGAUCUGGAGAAAUAUCGAGGAAAGUGCAAGCCCACCUUCCUGUUCUAUGCUGGCGGGGCUCUCAUAGCUGUGCUGCGGGGGGCUAACGCUCCACUCCUGCAGAGAAUGGUGGUGGAGGAGUUGGCCAAGGAGAAACAAGUGCUGGAGCAGGGCAUGGCACGCACUGCGGUGAAGGAUGAUGGACUGACAGAAGAGACAGAAGAAGAGGAAAAGGAUGCUGAAGUCCAUCAAAAUUAUGAAGAUGUUCUUGUAGCUGUGAACCAGUCUUACACAGUGGCGAUCAUUAAACCAGAUGUUGUUGCACAUGGAAAGACCAAUGAAAUCAUUUUGAAGAUACAGGAUGCAGGCUUUGAUAUUCUGGCCCAUGAGGAACGCACACUGAGUGUGUCAGAGGCUCGGGAGUUUUACCAGCACCGAGCAGGCGAGCCAUACUUUGAGGAGUUGGUGCGAUUCAUGUCUGGAGGCCCCUCCCAUGUUCUGGUUAUCGCUAAGCCUGAGGGUUCUGAUGAUACCAUCCCAGCCUGGCGGGAGUUCCUGGGCCCCGUGGAUGUAGAGGAGGCCAAGAGAGAGCAUCCAGAGAGUCUGAGAGCUCAGUAUGGAACGGAGACCCUCUUCAAUGCGCUGCAUGGCAGCAGUGACGUCGAGCAGGCUGGCAGGGAGCUGGCGUUCUUCUUUCCCAACUUCAGGCCAGCGGGGUCGGACCGGCGCUCGGGCCAUGCCGGGCCGGAACUGAAGCCUGUGGAGAGGACAUUGGCACUCAUUCGGCCUGACGCAGCCAGAGAGAACAGAGAGGAGAUUCUAGAGAGGAUCCACGAAGCGGGUUUUACGGUGGCCAUGCAGAAGGAGGUGAUGCUUACAGAAGAGCAGGUGUGUCACUUCUACAGUCAUCUUCAGCAUGAGGCAUAUUUCCCUGCCCUACUCACAAACAUGACCAGUGGCCCACUGUUGGCUCUGGCUUUGGCAAGGCAAGGAGCAGUGCAGCACUGGAGGGACCUUCUGGGUCCCCAGGACCCCACACAAGCAAAACGGGAACAGCCAGCCUGCCUUCGAGCUCAUUUUGCGGGAGAAAGUGAGAGUUUGAAUCAGCUGCAUGGAAGUGGGAGCUUGGAGGAGGCUGAGCAGGAAAUCAACUUCUUCUUCCCUAAGGAGCACACACUAGCUGUUAUCAAACCCGACACUGCAGAGGAACACAGAGAGGAGAUCCUGGGGGAGAUCCAAUCCAAGAGCUUCACCAUCACUCGACUGCAUGAGAUGGUCUUGUCCAGGGAGGUGGCUGAGGAGUUCUACAAAGAACACAGGGAUAAGCCUUUCUUUAGCCAGUUAGUGGACUAUAUGUGCCGUGGUCCAUGCACAAUGAUGAUUCUGACUAAAGAGAAUGCGGUUGAGGAGUGGAGAGCCAUGAUGGGACCUACUGACCCCAGUAAGGCGAGAGAGAAAGCACCAGAGUCCGUGAGAGCCCGCUUCGCUAAAGACAUCCUGGAGAACACCGUCCAUGGUUCUUCCAGCGCAAAGCAUGCACAGGAGAAGAUACACUUCAUCUUCGGAGACAUCAGCUCAGAGAGUGAGGUCAUCAGCACAGGGGAAGAUAAUGGGCCUUGUCCAUUAGAAGCAGAAGAAAGUUUUGCAGAGCUGAAGAACCUCCAGACAUCAAGAUCACCCUCAUUUAGUGAACUAAGGAACCAGACUGAGCCAAGCAGUGAAGAAGUAGGAAGUACUAUCCAUUUGGACCCAGCAACAGAGUGCCAGCCACUGUCUCCUGAUCUAAACAUGGACUCAUCAGAGCAGCAGGCAACACAAGAGAUGGAUGACAGUCAUAAUACAGGACACCAGACACCCACUUCAGAUCUACAAGAUCAAUUUUCUGAUGCCUGAGAAGAGCAAGAGCAAAGCUGUUUCUGCAGCUCUGAAGACUUGUUUUUACUGUGCCAGUCCCCAUAGCUUUAAGAUCAUCAGAUGGUAAAGCAGGGAUCACCCUGGACCCACAUGGCAGUUCAGACAAGCUCAACAUGAUUGCAGAAAUGUGAAACAUUUAGGAAUUUUCAUUUGUAGUCUAGUUUGUAAUCUAACCUGGUGUUUUUAACCUUUUAAGCCCUAUGUCAACCAUGUAUUUCUUCCUAUUCUUUGCAUCCAAGUCAUUAGUUUUAUGUUUCAUGAACACAUCAGUGGCAACCCAUUAGGUCUUAAGGGGUUUCUCCACUAGUUUAACCAUCGCCACAAAGUUGUUUGGAUUAAAACAAACACUUCUAAAAAUAUAUAUUACCUGUGGCCUGUUUUAUAGGUUUAUCUAUUUCAUCUGACAAUUUUACAGAUAUUAGGUGUUUAUGUAAAACGUUCCAAACAAAUAACUGAAGGUAAACUAAAAUGUAGAGCUUUAUUAUUUAACAGCCAUAUGUACAAUAGUUACACUUACAAUUUCCCUCCCAUUUAACAAAAAGACCAAAGCGACACUUGCUCACUCAUGAUAACCAAAAGGGAUAUACUCAUUAUUUUGUGAAAAGAUGAGCUUGGGUAACUUUAGUUGGUCUUUGGGUAAAUGUCCCAACUUUAGUUACUUAACUCCAAGUACCAUUUUU